AUGGGGUGCACGAAUUCUAAACCUCCUUCAAAAUCUUAACCUCCUCAAUCAGCCCGUACUUAGAUUCAAAUCUAAUUUUAAAGCCAAGAAGAAAGUCCUUAUGUGAUAAAAAAGAAUCCAAUUUUCUAGAGAAGAGCUUCCUAGAAAUCCAUUAUUAGUCCCUUACAAACUACAUCUUAUGUUCAAAGAAAUAAAUGA